GGCAGCACCGCGUCCCCGGAGCUGCCUCAAGCAGCUAGCUCUUUAUUCAGACGGAGCGGUUUCUGUAUUUGGUUUAAACGCCAAAAGAGAGGCUGGUUGAGUUUUGCAAACUGAGGUUGCUGCAAGACCGCAUGUGGAAAUCUGCGCCUGAAUCCGGAGGAAACGCAUCCAAGAGAGAGAAACCUGCCGACCCCCUCAGAGAAAGUGACGGACGGAGCAGAGCCUGAUCGCCGGGAUUUUUUUUUUUAAAUAUAUAUAUUUUCAUCAAUUUAGGAUCUUCCAGGCUGCUGCUUUGGCCCUGCCUGGAUUUCGUUCAGGGUAUAUCAACACAAAAAAAUUGCCUGAAUCAUAUUCCUAAACAUUUACGUUGGCGAUCUACAUUUUGAAAAAAAGGAGACGGACCCACGCGUAAUUACAGCGCUGGAUUUUUUUGUUGUUGCGUAAAACAGUUUUUCAUUGUUUGGAAGUAUUCUCAAGCGACAGAAAAGAGCGAGUGUUUCUUUUCACUUCGCUUUCAGAGGUUAAGCGCUGAAAAACGAGAAGCGCUUCUCGGUGCGCAAUCCUUCCGAGGACGCUUCAGAGAGACUCCGCCGACCUGCGCUCUUAACCUCCACAUUCUGUCGGCAGCCAAGUCGAGCUAAUAAAAGGGAGGAGGGGAAAAAAGGGGGGGCGAAGCUUAUUAACUUUGCAUGCUCGAGGCGAGAUUGUGGAAUCUUUAAUUUUUGCAUACCGCUGGAAGACGAGGAUAAACUUAAUCGGCAUUGAAUCUUUGCAGAGAAGAAGCAGCAGCAGCUGGAUUUCUGGUGGUGGAGGAGGGGGGGGGGGGAAGCGGAAUGAAUCCUUUUUAAUUUGGCCCAAAGAAGAAUGAGGCAGAUUGCUUAACGAUUGCAUGGAGUUCUAGUCUGCAAUAAGGAACAAUUUAUGGUUGUCCGCAGAACUCCCCCGGCUGUGAUACUGUGCCCACCUCGCCAUGCUGGCCUGUCUGCAGAGGAGGCAGAACCCCCCGCCCCAGCACCCGGUGUGUGCCAGCAAGACCUUGGAGCCGCCGCAAGUCCUCGGACGGAAAUGUGACCUGGUGGUACCUUCACCUUCCUCACGGUACCCUACAGCAGCAGAACUCGAUGCUUAUGCUCAGAAGACGGCGAACAGCCCACUGUCCAUCAAGAUUUUCCCCACCAACAUCAGGGUUCCCCAGCACAAGCACCUUAACCGGACUGUGAACGGAUAUGAUACCACAGGGCAGCGCUACAGCCCUUACCUUCAUCUCCACACAGGAGGGUACCAGGGUCUCCUUGCCAUUGUCAAGUCCUCAUCAUCAUCAUCAUCCACCUUUGGUCAUUCCAAAGGUGUUCUCAAGAACUCAGAAGGCAGACGAACUAAGCUCUCUCCAGCUCACAUAGCUGUGGCCCCCUAUCCACCCCCCAAUAGUAGCACUUUAGCCAGCAGUCAUGGCCAAAUGAUAUACCACUCUGGGCCCUCAAAGCCUCCAGAAGGCUCUGGACAUUCAGUACCCCCAAAUGUCACUGUGGCUGGCUCUGUGAUUCCUGUAACCGGGGGCCGAGGUCUGUCCCUGCCUGCACAGUCUAAUCUCCCCUCCAUUCAGAGUAUCAUCUAUCAGAUCAACCAACAUUGCCAGGCUCAGGCCCUGCAGCAGGUGUGUCAGGGGGCUUCCACUGCACCAACAAAUUCCAGCCCCUCCAAGCAGGUCACAGCAGUUAUGGGGGUCAGUUCGAGCUCCUCGGGUGGAGGCUAUGUCGUAGGAAUGGGUCCCCAGGCUAACAUGGUGUACACGGGAUCAGGGCUGCCAGCGCAAAGUGCAGAAGUAAUGAAAAGCGGCGUGUAUGCAGAGGGUAUGGACUACAUCCUGUGGCAGAAACAACAACAGCAGCAACACCAACAGCAGCAACAACAGCAGGCCGUCCUCCGCAUGUACAGCGGAGGCAGCGGCGGAGGGGGCGCCAUCAGUAAGUCCCCCGAAACCUGUAUUCCAGGUGGGGGAAUCAUGGCAGCCCAGGUGUCCUCCUCCUCCUCCUCCAGACCUUACCACCUGACAGCGAGUGCCAGCGGUGGGGGCGGGCUUGACAAAGUCAGCUCUUCCCCUUUGAACUGUGUGGGCAUGCACGGGAAUUUCUCAGUGGGUCAGUACUUUGCACCACCGUGGAACAGUGUGCUGGUGACGCCCGACAGUGACUGCUACAACCCCCAGGAGCUGCUGGGCACCUCUGCGGGAGGCCCGGCGACAGGCCACCGAGAAAUGGGCUACCCUCAUCACCAUCACCACUACCACCAUCACCACCACCACCCUGCCGUUGACAGCGGUGGGGGUCUGUGCUGCAGCCUGCCCAGCAAGAGCCUGUGCAACACCUCAGUGCUGAGCAGCAGCCUGCAGUCUCUGGAGUAUCUGAUCAACGACAUCCACCCGCCCUGCAUCAAGGAGCAGAUGCUCGGCAAAGGGUACGAGACUGUGUCGGUGCCGCGGCUGUUGGACCACCAGCAUGCACACAUCCGCCUUCCUGUUUACAGAUAGAACGGACGGGUGGGAGGGAGAAGAGGAGGAAAUUAAUCAAGAAUUGUGAAUUUAUGAAGAAAAUCAAGACAGAGAUGUUACGGGACUGUUUGAGUGCCACAGCUUUAACGAUCGUGGCAUCUUAGAGAAGAGCAGUUGCUGUGCUGUGUAACCGCAGAUUUUCUGGUUUCAAAGCAGGCUGUGGGGGAUCCCUAACACAAAAGGUAGUAGUUACUGCCAGCGGGAUGGAAAAGGGAUUCCAAGAUUCUCCUGAUGUUCCAUUGUGUGGUUUGCCAAUAGGAUUUUUGGAUUAAUAUUUUAUUUUAUUUUAUUCUUUUUGCUUUGUUGUUUUAUCUUCUUAAACAGUUUUUUUGAUGAGAAUCAUAGCUUGACAUGAAGUGCAUACGCCACUUGUAUCUCCUCUCCAAAUACUAAGGAUGAAGCUACUGUGUAGGUUGUCACUGAAAUGGUCUUAAAGGGCCAGCGCUUAGGGCUGCUUUUAAAACCCAAAAGUCAGUAACAGUACAUGCGUACAGAAAAGUGCUGAAAAAAACAGAGGAUUACUAGCAGUUCUAGGGUGUUCUUAUAAAAAGGAUCACCAGGUUGAAUCUAAAAGGGUUGUACAAUAUUAGUUAUUGUUGCUGUUAUAAUUGAUAAAUUAAUUGCACUGCUUGAAUUUUGUUAACUUUGAAGUUUGAAAUUGGGUAGUUUGGAUAUGAUAUAUUUAAGAAACUUGAAAAACUUGAACCUAUUUUUUGUUGUUUGAUAUAUUUGUAGGUAUAUUACAUGUAUUGGCUGCUACAAGGAAAAGUGUCUCAACUGUGUUUUUUUUUUAUCUUAUUCUAUUGUUUUCCUUUUUUCGUCACUAUGAUUUAAAUUUUCCUCCUCAAGCUGAUGCUGCAGUCUCUUAUGUUCUGAUGUGAGGCAGAGUUGCUGCUUUGGUUCUGGAAGAACCUGAACGGAGAGCUCUUUCUUUUUUUUUUUUUUUUCCUAACCAACACUGGAACCGACAAUAAAUUUCAAAAUACUUAUUUAAAAGAAAAAACAUUGCAAAAAAUACGAAAAACAAAAGAAAUGUUACAGUGAAGAAUGUGACUAGGAGGGAACAGAUAUAACCUUAUGUGUACGGUGGCUUGUAAAGGGGACGUUUGACAUUUUCGCUUUUUUUAACUGGUCGACCCCCAAAUCUCAGAGGUUUUAUUUUGAUUCAUGUUUCAGAUCAACACAAAGUUGUGCCUAAUUGAGAACUGGUUUUACUUUUUUUAUUAUUACAAAUAAAUUAUACUUAUUCUGUCCAUGCCCAUAUGAUGAAGCUGCCACCAUAAGAGCAUGUUUAUUGUGUCAUACACAGCUUCUGGCAAACUGCAGAUGAGAUUUAUUUUUGCUCUUUUUUUCAGCAAAGGGUUUCUUCUCAUUACCCUUACACAGAGUUUGUGGCGCACAUGUCUAAUAAUUGUCUUGUUACCAAAUUUUGAUCCCCACAGCUCCUCCAGAAUUAACUUGGAUCUCGUAUUUACUCGUAUUUGCUCAGUCCUCUGACUCUUUGCAAAUUAGGAAUAUUGUUUUGUAAUCUAAAUUGCCCAUCACUCAUUCUUUGACCUGUCUGCUAUAUUCUUGGUCUUCAUGUUUGUGUUCAAAUGUUCUAAAAAAAAAAAACUCAUUUAUGAGGUCUUGAGCAGAUGACGUACACUGAAAUGGAAUUAAACACAAGAAUAUUUGACCUUUUUCUUUUGACGUCACAGUCAUGCUCUACUUUGUGUUGAUCUAUCACAUAAAAUCUCAAUAAAACGCCUUGAAAUGUGUGUUUGUAACACGUAAAAUGGUCUUAAUGUUAAAGGGAAUGCCUUUACAAGGUGCUGUAUGUUGAAGCGUGUAUGCGGCAGAGUGCAUGUGUGUUUGUACCUUCUUAGUUUGCGUUCUUCAAAAUCCUCAGACUUUUUCAUUUCAUUGUGUGAUUACCAGACUUUUCCAGUGAGACUGACCGACUGAUUCUGCAGUCCCAUAAACAUUAUGACAAACAUUAUGACUGAGUUAUGUACAGGAGAUAACUUGCUCCUUUUUAUUGGAGGCUUUAGAUUUUCUGUGCAGGUGGAGUCAUUUGACUCCUUUAUUGCUGCACUUACAGCAGCUGUGAAAACAAAUUAGAUCGUACUUUUGGGGUACUUUAUUGUUGCAAACGAGUACAAAACUAAAACAAUCAUCCCCUGUCUUUUUUUCUUUGUUACCCAUUUCAGCUAUGGGUGGGGGUGCAGUUGGCUCAGGCCAGUCUUAACUUUGACGAUUCAGAGCGGUGAAAUAUUCAUUAUGACUGUGAGAUUUCCCCGAAUGUACUGCACUUAAAUUACCACAAUAUUUUGUUGCCUUGUGGGACCUGAGCGGGUGAGAAAAAUUGUAUCAGUGCAGCGGCUCUCUGGUCUUAAAUUAGCAUUUCUUUUGUCAGUCAAAUUUCAGCGGCAAAUUGAAUUUAUUAACUGGACAGAAUGAGAGAACGGGGAGCUUUGUUGUGGAGAAAUACUGGCAUCGGUCUAGAUUUAUGAAGUGCAAUUAUAAUGACUGUAUUAACAUUUUUUUCUCUGAGCUUACACCAAAAAAAAUGUAAACUACAGUUUUCAAUACAUUCCCAAUGUACCACAUCCCUAAUCUUUAGCUCUGUUUUUUUUUUUGUUUUGUUUUGUUUUGUUUUGGAUUGUUCUAAGGUGUAAAAUAAAUUCCUUUAAGAAUAUAUUCAGAAGCCAUACCUUGGCUAUGAAGUCUGUGAUUAUUUUCUUCACAUUUGCUCUCUGGAGGCCAGUGGGAUCCUGGGCCUUUGUUGUAGUAGGUCUACUGGACCUGUAAUGUAAUCUGACGUGCAAUUCCUUAUUGAUUAGAACCUUGUAUUUUUGAUUGAUUUUCUAAAUGUUUAGACUUUGGCCAUCCCGAGAGAAAAGGAGAAACAGUGCUGCCAGAUAAAGUUGUUUUGUUUCCUUAAAUAAAACUGUUGUUUGGAUUAUGGAAGAAAACAGAGGAGACUAAAAAGUGUAAUAGGAAAUUAAUGUCUCUCAUUGUUACUUUAUGAAAAAAAAACUACCCAAACUUUCAUCCUUACAUGUCAAACUAGGGCUGAUUUAGGUUUUUGAUGGCUGACAGAUCUUUCAGACUUGAAGAAUAAAAGCUUCUUGGCUUAAAUUUGCAUAGCAAAAUCUCAACAUUGUAGAGAUGCAUUAUGUUUCAGCAGCCAAAUUCUUUAGCCACAGUCUGAUUCCAGCAUAUUUUCUGCGUGGUAGAAGUAUUUUGACAGAUUUACACAAACGUCCCAUCCCCAAAUCCUUUCCGUUUGACUUCUGCAUCCAAGCAUUAAACCCCGUCACAUGAUGUUGCGGUGGAAAGGGAGAUGUUUUGAGGCAGUGGAGUUUCUAGCAUCUGCGUCUCUCCCAUCCCCCUCCACCGGUGGAGAUCUGAGGCACCAGGCCUCCUCAGCCAAUGGAAACAUUAGGUGACAUCUUGGCUGCUGGACAUUGCUGUUCAAGAUUGUUAAUCCAAAAAAGUCGACCGAAAUCAAACCCAUCACAAGGGAUUUCAGAAGAGAGACGCAGAUCAGAUCACUGACUCACUUCUUUCCACAUUACAACAUAAACUUUAGGAGGUUUUGUGCGAUAGACACAAAUUAGUGCACAGUUGUGAAGAGAAAAGAAAAGGUUUGAUUUCAACGUUUUGCAUAAAUGAAAUUCUAAGAAGUGUGUCGUGUAUUCUCAUUCAGAGCUGAGUCAGCCCUGUGUGGAGACUUAUACUCCAGGCUUUGCACAGGUCCUCUGUAAAUUCAAAUCUUUCUGCAUAUUUGCAAAUUGAUUUUGGUCUGGACUUUGACUGGGAACAUUGAAGUCCUGUGAUCAUACCCACUUGCGUCGGCCGUGUGUUUAGGAUUGUUGUCAUGCAGGGAUGUGAGCCUCGAUCUCUAAACAUUUGCCAUCUCUAACAGACCUUGUUGUGUCUUUUUCCAUCUUCCCCCCAAACUAUACAAAGCUUCCCUGAAGAAAUACAUCCCCACAACAUGCUGUUGCCACCAUGUUUCACCCUGGGAAUGGUGUGUCCAGGGUGAUGUGCAGUCUUAGUUUUUAGCAACCAAGUGUGCAUGAGGACAAACAGUUGAAAUCCUUCCACAUAUCUGCAGUGCGCCUAAUGAUGUGCACUGGAUUUUACUUAGAGGUAUCGAAGUAAAAGAAACUAAAUACAAAAGACACACCACACUUUUGUGAAUUGUAUUUAAAAGAUAAACACGUAGCAUUUUUCUUCCAGUUAUCCGCUGCUUUGUGUUUCUUUAUUGUCUAAAAGACAUUGGGGUUUGCGUUGUAGCGGGACUGAGACGUGAAAAGUUCAAAGGCUCUGGCAAAACAUAACAAAAAUGGCUGCACAAAUGAGAGUUUCAAAUCAUUUUUAUGCAACCCAGGCUGGUCCAGCAUGCACCCCGAUCACUUCUUCUUGAAGCGCAGGCUCCCAACUGUCUGUCCCUCUGCUCCUUCACACACAUUAAUGAGCCCCUGUUGAAGGCACGCAUCUUAGCCCUGCAACUCUGCUCCACUCCUCUGUUCCUCAUUCGGACAAUGGAACGCUCAGCUCAUAUUAGGAUAAUAGAAUUAAAUUUCAAAUAGAUUUGUGCCUGGGCUGAUCCAGCCACGGCUCACUCAGCUGCAGAGGCAGAGUGGCAUAUGGCAGGUCAUUAUCUAAAGCACACCCUUCCUCUACCUCCCCCCUCCAUCCAGGGCCAACAGGGUUCAGCGGCGCUUAAACAAACUGAAGGUUAGGACUGGCUGUCUGGCUGGCGUCGGAGGGGAGGACAGCAGGGUCUGAGUGGUGGAGGUGGUGGUUGGGAGGGAGGCGGGUGGUGUUGCUAUAUCACAGACGCCACAGCAUCUCUGAGGGCCUGAGUGCCGCACCAUGGCGCCCAGGCUUGUUUUAAAAGCCGGGCUGCAAUUGAUGGAGGGGGAUUUGUUUUCUGUUGGAUUAUACAUUCUCGCUCCCUGCUUGACUGAGGGGCCCUGUGCAAUCUGACAGAGAAAAGAAGGAAUGAAUAAAAAGAAAAAAAAUGAAGGAUGCGGGUAAUUUUUGACUCAGAAAAGCCUCAAAGCAUUAGUAAUCAGGAUAAUUGACAUGUUCCUUCAAAUCUUUGACUGGAGACUUAAUGUGUCUCGGUUUUCUGCAGAGAGAAAUCCUCUAUUUUCACUAACCAGAGAAACAUUUCAACUCAUCUCGUUCUGCAAAUGAUUAAUCACAGCAGCACCGCCUUCUGAUCGAGGACAUUUAAAUCUAUAGCUUAUCUCUGAGGCUACAGAAAGCUAUUGACUGCUAACAUGUUUUCAAGGGCAAUGAGAGGCUCAUGGAGGAUGGUUGGAGGGCAAAGUGUCGGAAAAGUGACUUAUGCUGGCUGUAAAAAUUCCUUAGUAAAUCCCAAUAAGUUCAUUAAGACCUUUGCCCUGUGUAAAGGUUUAUAGUCGCAUAUUAUGCACCUUAAAUACUGCUGAGAAGGAAAGGGGGAAGCAGGCUCAGCUCUUUUGCUCUCGGAACGAGGGGGGUGGUGGUGGAGGAGAAAAAAAGGCAGCUGCUUGCCCUGUGGAGUGUUGGCGGCGCUUCUCCAACCUCCACACGACGGGUGUGGUGAAGGUCCACUCCAGUCAUGUCCCUCCUCAAUCGGGGCUCUUGUCUUCGAUCCUCCUUAGGAUCUGAGGUUGGAUGAAUUUAUGACACCAGUCCUCUCUGUUUCCCUCAUACCUGGCAGGAAAACACUUCCAUCAAUAAUUCACACAGUCCUGGAGAGAAUUGUGUCUCUAAACCACCAGCAAAAGCUGUGUUGCACUAUGUGUCUUUGAAGAUGUGUUGUUUUUCUUCACAAAUCUCUGAGGUUAAAAAUGUGAAGGCAUGGGCUUGUUAGUGGCGCCAAGGUUUUCAGAAGCUACAGUGAAGUUCCUAUAGUUUUAAAACAGAUACCACUUUACUGCCAACAGAAAAAGUGACUUUUUUUUUCUCAGGCUCAAUGGAGAAAAACCUGCCCCUCCCACACGUGUUUCUGCACAUUGUCUGUCAUCUGGCUGAAAGAGGGUUUUACACUUUUCCUUGAUCAAGAGAAAAAAAAAUAGACUCUUAGGAAAUUUUUCUUUCAAAAAACAAAAGUGAAAUUAAACGCUCUCUGCCCAUCAUUCUUUGUAAUUUAACACUGACUAUAAACAGCAAAUGCUAAGAUUUGCUUGUAAACUACAGACUUGCUAUCCAAGCAGCUAACUAUGGAUGUGUCAGGCGUGAGCGAAUCGCCUCUGAGAGACAGACCUUCAGCUGCUUCGUCUCAGCUCUUCCGAGAGUGCAUGCAGGCAGGACUUUACUUCGAUCGGUGCAAGUGGCAUCUUUCUGUCUGACGAUGAAGACAGCAAAUCUAAAUUUCUAAAUUUAAAAUCAGGUAGCAUGUAAAACUGCUCAGAUACCUGUGAAUUUUUGUUCUGCUGUUAAUUGUACAGUUUCACUAAAUUGUUUAACAACAAUCAAAAGACAAUAACAAUAAUAAGAAGAAGAAGAAGAAAAUGUAUCUAAAAGUGCUGAUUAAAAAUGUAUAUCACAAACUGUUUAGACUUAGAAAAUUAGGUCAAAAUGGUAAUUUGAUGAUAUUCUGCAUGUUAAGCACUUAAAAAAAAAUAUUUUUGCUUUUCUUUAGGGAUCCACUUCAAAUGUGCAAUAAUUAAAUGAUUAAAAUAUUAUAGCUGUUAUAAUCAAACAGUACUGGAUGAGAUCAUGUCAUACAUUUUUUAAAAUAUCUGUGUUUUCAUUGUGCACCCCAUUGUAAUGUCUCUUAUAAGUUAGAGUCUGCUACGAGCCAUUCUUUGGACAGAUGUGAACACAACAGAUGUUAAAUAUAAUUGUUAUAAACUGUGCCAACGGGCAAAAAAAAAAAAAAAAAAAGAAAAAGAAAAAAACUUAACACACAAAGCUGAAUUUUUUUCUCCCCUAAAACCACAACUUCACAGCAGGGUGUUUUCACCCGUUUUAUUUCUGUCUAUGUUUAAAUGAAAAAGCUUAUGACCUCCACAUAUUCAUCUGGUCUGCACAGCCGGUCUGUUACUGAAUCCAAUCUAAACGCAAAAAGUCUGAGGAUUUUGCCUUCUUUUGUCUUUCUCUCUCUUUGGAUUCUUUUUACAGUUUGUGAGGCAGUUUCUGUGUUUCCGUCUUUUUUCCCAGAUGAUCUCAAGUGCACCAACGCUGCCAAAGUACGAGGGUGCCGCAACCUUGAGAAAAUAAUAUAUAUGGAAAUGGGAAAUCUAUAAAGCAUCUCUCUUAUUGUUUUCCCUGCAGUACUGUGUUUUAAAAAAAAAUGGUUUUGUCUCCUCAGGAUGAAAAAAAAUGUAAAGAGUACAAUGCUUCUUUCUUCUUUUCAAACAAUAAUGAUAUACGAGUCUUAGAUUUCGAAAAAGAAGUCUGAAUAUAAAAAGAAAAGCUGUAAAAUCCUUUAGUCGCGGGGGUUUUCAGCUUUUGAAUGUGCCUACAGCCAAGCAUCGCAGUGACGGCUUACCCUCUCCAGAUCUGCAACCAUCAUCUUCAAUUUGCUGAAACUGCCACAGUCACUCCUCCAUCUCAACCAUCACAGGAGACAUUUUCUCUGCUCCCUGCUUUUUGUCAAUCUCAGGACUGGAGUUUCUUUACUUUAAUGUAGAUUGGCUGUUUUUCAUUUGACCUUUCCUCUCUUAUGUACAAUGUUUGACAUAAGGAAAUAAAGCAGAUGACUUCUA